AUGGCGGCCAAUUAUUGGACCUCGACUCAACGGAGGUACUGGACCUUCACGCCCGAAAAGUUGACCGAAAUUCGUGAUGACGUGGAAAAGCAAAACGCGAAACUGAUCGAGCAAUACCCAUAUCCGGAUCGGAGACUUAUGUUCAUCUUCCUCAGGGAUCGACUCCUACAACUGGCGAAACGACAGCCAUUUCGCCAGCAAUGUGUGGCCACUGCCAUGGUAUACUUGCAGCGGUAUUUUCUAUCGACGCCGAUGCAGAACGUUAAUUUGUAUCUUCUUGUGGCAACGGCGUUCUAUCUCGCUUCCAAGACCGAAGAGUCUCCGCACCAUAUUCGACUUGUGGCUGCGGAAGCACGUCAGUCUUGGCCGGAGUUUGUUCCAGGAGACGUAUCCAGACUGGGCGAGAUGGAAUUCUGUCUCAUCUCCGAGAUGCGAUCGCAGUUGAUCAUCUGGCAUCCAUAUCGUUCCCUGAUCGCGUUGAAGGAAAACCAGGAUCUGAAAUUAUCCAACGACGAACUUGGCCUUGCUUGGUCCAUCAUUAACGACAGCUACAUGACUGAUUUGCCCUUAACUUGCCCUCCGCAUCUCAUUGCCAUUAUUGCCAUGUUUCUCGCCGUUGUCUUUCUCCCGACGGCCAAGGCAGCGGGUACGCUACGGCCUCUCACUCAUGACACCAUCGCCAAUCCGGACUCGGGUCCAUUUUCUUCCCUCGGAGGUCGCCCCAGCCUCACUAGCCCCUUCAACAGCGUGGUUGGGAAUUUGCAAAUGCCAAGUCAAACGAGUGGCCAGAGCAAUGGAAACACCAAUGGCAGAGCUCGUAUGCCGUCUAGUGAGUCAGGUGGACAGCCACUUGACAAAGGGAAGGCCAUAGCGGCUGCCACGGAGUCUGAGAAGAUGCAAAAUACCAUCAAGUUCCUCGUUGAGUCCGGUAUCGACAUUGAACAAAUGAUUGAGGGGACCCAAGAAAUGAUUUGUCUGUACGACAUUUGGGAACAGUACAACGAAAAAUCCGUGAAGGAAGUGGUUGCUCGAUGCCUGAAAAGCCGAGGUUUGGACAGCUGA